AUGUCUCUAGCGGCUUUUUUACCGGCUCCCACGCAGCUGUCGCAGGACCAGCUGGAGGCUGAGGAGAGGCAGCGAGCUCAGAAGACCUACUCGACUGCGCUGGUCUCAUCCCGCAGAGAGCCACCUCCGUACAGGCACAGGAAAGGCUGGGUCCCCCGUGCACUCGAGGAUUUUGGAGAUGGAGGAGCUUUCCCUGAGAUCCACGUGGCCCAGUUUCCCCAGGAGAUGGGCCGCAAGAAAAAGACGUCCAACGCCCUUGCGGUUCAAGUGGACGCGGAGGGGAAGAUUAAGUACGAUGCCAUUGCAAGACAAGGACAGAGCAAAGACAAAGUGGUGUUCAGUAAAUACACAGAUCUUCUGCCCAAAGAAGUUAUGAACGAUGAGGCUUCAGAGCUGCAGAAACCAGACGAGGAGUCCGUACAAGAGUUGACAGAAAAGACCCGUGACGCCCUGAGCAAAGCUGUGUCCCAGAAGAUCGCUGCUGCCAUGCCUGUGAGAGCAGCGGACAAGCUCGCCCCCGCACAGUACAUCAGAUACACUCCAUCGCAGCAAGGUGUGGCUUUUAAUUCAGGAGCCAAACAAAGAGUGAUUCGAAUGGUGGAAAUGCAGAAAGACCCAAUGGAACCUCCACGGUUCAAGAUUAAUAAAAAGAUUCCCAGGGGACCACCGUCGCCUCCUGCCCCUGUUAUGCACUCUCCAAGCAGAAAGAUGACUGUAAAGGAACAGCAAGAGUGGAAGAUUCCGCCAUGUAUUUCAAACUGGAAAAACGCAAAGGGUUACACGAUUCCUCUGGAUAAACGUCUGGCAGCUGACGGACGAGGGCUUCAAACUGUACAUAUUAAUGAAAACUUUUCUAAAUUGGCUGAGGCCCUUUACAUUGCUGAUAGAAAGGCAAGAGAAGCUGUGGAGAUGAGGGCACAAGUGGAGAAGAAGAUGGCACAGAAAGAGAAGGAAAAGAAAGAGGAGAAACUCCGGGAGCUGGCUCAGAUGGCCCGCGACCGCAGAGCCGGCAUCAAGAGCCAUGGAGACAAAGUAGCAGGUGGUGACGACGUCGGGGAGGUCAGGGAGCGUGACGAGAUCCGCUACGACAGACGGAAGGAGAGACAGCACGACAGGAACAUCGCCAGAGCCGCGCCCGAUAAGAGAUCAAAGCUGCAGAGAGACCAGGACAGGGACAUCAGUGAGCUGAUUGCUCUGGGAGUACCCAAUCCACGCACCUCCAGUGAAGUCCAGUAUGACCAGCGCCUCUUCAACCAGAGCAAGGGCAUGGACAGCGGGUUCGCCGGUGGAGAGGAUGAAACCUACAACGUCUACGACCAGCCAUUCCGCGGCAACAAAAACAUGGCGUCCAACAUCUACAGACCGAGCAAGAACAUCGACAAGGACGCGUACGCCGAUGACCUGGACUCGCUCAUGCGCAGCAACAGGUUUGUCCCUGACCGGGGCUUCACUGGAGCAGACAGCCAGAGCCGCCCGGAGGGGCCUGUCCAGUUUGAGGAGGAUCCCUUCGGUCUGGACAAGUUCUUGGAGGAGGCCAAGCAGCACGGAGGCUCCAAACGGCCCUCCACCAGCAGCCGCUCCAAAGACGACUACCACGACAAGAAACGCCGGAAAGAGUGA